CCUCCUCACCGACCUCAGAAUUUUCUCAUCCAUCCUUGGCCUAACGUUAACUGCGCUCACAUCGCGCUCACAUCACCAUGGGUCGCGGAAGCUUCUCCAGCGACGGCUCAUCCGACGCCGGUGGCGCUCGCCUUGCCCUUUUCUCUCCCCCGCCAAGGGGAAACCAACAAUGGCGGUCUGAUACUAAGAGUUACAAGACCGAAACUCCUGACACCGACACCUUCCCCAGCGAGCCCAGCGGAAGCGAAAGGCAGUCGGGAGGCGCCCGAGUCAGCGGCCACUCGCGACACUCGUCGAUGGCCUCGGCUGUGUCUAUGCAUUCGUCACAUUCGCGCUCUAGCAGCAGCACGUAUGUUGGCAACACACAUGGUCAGCUUCAACCUUUCAACAGCUUCCAGCCUGGAGCUUCACAUCAUCCUUCGGGACCAUCACGUCCUCCUCAGCGGUAUCAGAUACCUGAUAACCAGGUCACGCCGCCUAAUAAGGUGCAACAUCUGUCGAAGGGUUUGAGUUCCAUGGAACUCAUUCGCAGUGGAGACCACCCUGCAAUUUCAGAUAUCCGCAAACACGCCGCCGAUGCCAACCGUCGGCUCUGGGGACUUAAACACGCUGUCGACAGCUCUAAACACGUCCCUUCCGAAUUUCGCGAGGGUUUCGACGUCGACAUUACCCAGGUUCUCAAGCACCUGACCACCAUUUCCAGCGCUGCCGAGUCCUUGGCGACAGGCCUCGAUAGGAAAAGUGACGAGUGCGAGAGCCUGCGCACGAUGUACUCGUCGCAGACUAUGGAUUAUGAUGGGACUCGUGCGCAGCUUGAAGCUGAGCGUGCUGAGAUCAGGGCUGAGCGGACAAGGAUGCUGAAGUUCGAGGCCGACAUGAAGGCCGAAAAGGACAAAGAUGAGAGGGUUAUCAAGGCCCUCCAGGAACAAAUCGCCGGCAAACGCCACCUCUGGAUGCAAGUCCGCAAAGACCCUGAAGAAAAGGCUAUGGCCUUGGAGAUGCUCUCCCGUUCUUCCACCCCCUACACAUCCGUCACCGACUCCUCCGCCUCCCCCACCCCCACCGGCCCUCGCGACUGGCAAGCCUCCCGCACCAUAAGCUCCAACUCUCGCCCUCCGCGUAGCGGCCACAACCUCAUGCCCGGCACCCACUUCGGCGGUCCCAUCCCCCCUCGCUCCGUCUCGGGUUUUGCCAUCGCCCACUCCCAGCGUCUCAAUUCCCGUGGUGGCCACAGCUCACACCGCAAAGGCACCGGCCGCGUCGUUUCCGAAUGGGGCAGUCCCGUCUCUCGUGGCUCCGCCGGCUCCGGCCGUGGCGGCGGUAAUCGCUCCCACCAUCACGGAGGUCCCCCCACCGCUAUCUUCAUCCCUCCCACACCCAAGACCCACGACGAGGACGGCCCAACCGCCACCUUCUCCGGCAAACUCACCCACCUCCUGACCGUCGUCAUCCGCGCCUUUACGCACAAAUACUUUGGCAAACCCAUGCCAGAAGUCGAGUCACGUCUCCGCAAGGAAUCCCCUUCCCUCUUCUCCUACAUGUGCGACCUCGUCUACCCCGGCCGCGGCCGCAAGAUAGGCGAAUCGCACGUCUCCUUCCUCCUCAACGACGACGUCUCCCGCCCUUACCUCGUCGAACGCCUCCUCGUACAAUACUUCACAUCCACAAUGCUCCAAUCCGAGGGAUGGACGGGAUACGAGCCCUCAGUCGACAAAGAAAUGGCUUCCCUUUCUGCGCGCCUCAAGGACUCUUCAGGCGCCCAAAACCACUCCAAGACGCACGAGCGCCAGGCAAUGGUCAAUCGCCAGGCGGAACUGGUCAAGCAGAUGGUUGAUCACCCGAAGUGGGCAGAGUUCAAGAACUAUAAGGUGAAUGAUCACUACCAAAAGUUCAAGAAGAUGGUGGGACCUUUUUUGCCGCCGGGGCCGAAGAGCGAUGUGCGUGAUGAGGCGCUGUUUGAUUUGUUUUCGAUUGCCGAGAGGGCGUGGAGUGUGGCGCAGAUGGGAUGGGAAUCCAGGAUGACGUAUGUCUAUCUGUGGAGCGAGACGUGCAGCGAGGCAGAUGAGGAUUAG